CAGCAUUCUUACUGCGUAGGUCAAAGUUGACGCGGAUGAUCUCGAAUGACAAUCACGAAUAUGUGGAGUUACGACUGCUUAUGGAUACACCUCGUGCCUAACACGUUCUUGCAUCUAUUCUUCGCGAACGUCACCUUACGUGGAUGAGCCCUUUGUGGUACCUUGCCUACGGCGUAUACAAGGACGGUAUGCUCAGUCGAUAGCAAUCCUCGGUUCCCUUCGUCAUGCCCCCACUCACUGGCAAUGUUAACGUGGCUAUUCGCCUUAUUGGCGAGGUAACAAGUUCAACGAAUUCUAGCACAGCAACGCCUAGCUCAAAUGCUACAAGAAUCUCCAUCCCAGCAAUCGUCGGCGGUACUGCCGCGGGGAUUGCGCUUGCGGUGGCAGUGGUAGUUGGAUGGAAAUGGUGGUCAUUGAUCGUCAGACAUUCCGACAAAAAGUGCCGCUCGCGAAGGCAAAAUGUUCUCAGGAGACAUGACCGAACCACUCCAAACAAAUCAAACGAGGCAGGUGGCCCCUCGAGCAGUUCCGACAGUACUGGGUGCUCAGACGCGAAGAAGAGUCUUGCAGAUUCAUCACCAAACACAAUGGGUGCUAUAUCACCUCCUCCAACUCCCAUUCAGCAUUCCUUGCGCAUGGCUGCACCGUUGCCACUACCCCCAAUAAAACCCCCACGGAAUCCAGCUCGCGCUCUGAGACGUCCUUCAGCCCAAUUCAAAGAGAGCCUCGCGCGUGGAAGCAGGUCAUCAUUUGCCUGGGCUUCCAACAGGUUGUCUCAUAAAUCAAGCAUCAGCACUGCUUCAAUGUAUUCUACCCAGACUUACGAGGAGCAACAAGUGCGCGUGCCCGCAGCUGUCAUAACAGCAGCUUUAGGUGGCACUAGACACCUUUCAAGACUUGGUCAUAGCUCCGACCCCUACACCAUCGGUGAAGAGCAGACAGAGUUGCCAGUAGUUCCUAGCUCGAGCCUGCGGCCUUCUGCGCAUGUCGAUCCAAACAUUGCCCAAUUACAUCGAGUCUCAAAUAUCAGUGCUGGGUCAUUGUGCCUGCAGCAGGAGAUACAAACAGCUGAUUCAAUUGGAGUAGCAUAUGGGGGUGAAGAGUCGUGAUAGACUAUGAAAAGCUUGGUGCUGGGAAGCCUUUGGACUAUGGAAUCAAUACUACUAGCCAUAAAAUAGGAUUUACACACUACUAGUCUAUGAAACAAACACGUCAUGGACCAUGAUAGAAGUGUGGUGAAUCUUGGCUCUUGACGGUACCUAU